AUGCCCCUCAAUCCACCCCACCGCCGCACCGACUCCCAAACCUCCUACCCUCGCGCCUCCAUCCUCCCCACCUCGACCUCGAGCAAUUUCAACACAACAACAGCCUACCCCUCAAACCCCAGCGCAUCAGUCUCCACCUCGACCAGCGGCUCUGCCUCCAUGUCCGCCGCGAAAACCCGGCAAUACGCACACCUGCACGCGCAGCUCGCGCAGCUGAACGCUAAUCUUGCGGACACGGAGAAUCUGCUGCGCAUGACGGCGGUGCAGGCGGGGGAUAUGCGCUUCUUGGGCGGGUAUAUGGGGGCGCUCUUUAUGGGGAGUGCGAAGGUGCUGGGCGAGGAGGGGGUAAAGGGGAAUGCGGACGUGGAGGUUAAGAAGGAGGAUAGUGAGGAGGAUUGA